UAUGUAUUUUUAUUUAUUUUUUUUUUUUUUUAAAUAGGUACCGGAUAAUGACACAGAGUUGGCAGCAUCAACCAGAAGACAGACCAAACUUCUCAACUAUUCUGGAGAGGAUUGACUAUUGUCUGCAGGAUCCAGAUGUGGUGAAUGUGCCUUUGCCUGUUGAGUACGGCCCCAUCCCUGAGGAAGAGGAGAGGGUACCCAUGCGUCCCGAAGACCCUUCGGCCCCCUCCUUGCUUGUAACCCCUCAGGGCACCGAGGAUGCUUCAUCUGCCGCCCACUCCGAUCAGCCUAAGAGAGAUGGGGAGGCUGUUCUCAUGGACAGCAAACUUCCACCCGAUCCCCUAUCUCAGCCUCAUCCCCAUCACCACCACCAACCCCCGGUAGUCACUGCCCCCAUACCAGCUGCCAAACCUUCCUCUGCAACUCCCCUGACCACCCAGGAUGGAGGGCAUGUGAAUUUGGGCUUCAUGCAGGCCCACCCUUUAGAGAAGGAGAGCCAUAACGGAAAGCCCACCAACCUGUGGAACCCCACCUAUGGCUCGUGGUUUCUACAGCAGCAACAGAAGAGACAGCAGGCCCAGGCACAAAGACAGGCAAGUAGUCCACGGAUCCCAGGUGAAGGGCAGGAACAAGCAGGCCGGACUGUGACAGUAGCUGAAGCUCUGGGCCUGCAGCAACAGCACAAACAGCAGCAGUACCAACAGCAGCUCCAGCGCCAGCAGCAACAAGGCCUGUGUCGACCACUUUUGCCCCCUCCUGCCCCAACUCCUUUACUCCUGGAUUCGGCCACCCUAGCACCAGUUCCGCUCUAUAGACUACGGCGCUUCCCAUGUGGGAACAUCGGGUAUGGCUACCAGGAGCAGGGCCUGCCCAUGGAGCCCAUGCCGGGGCCCCAGCCUCCCCCACCUCAUCCUGGCCAGCAAAGGCCCAUCUCUUUGGCUCGGGCCAGUGGCCCUGAGGACAGCCGCCCGCUUUUGGUCACCAUGGGUAUAGUGCAGGACUCCAGACUCCCGAAAAUGGAAGGACACAAUGCCACUGUUCUGUAACUGUGCACGUUCUCUAUCAGUGCCCACUUUGCAAACACUGUGCUGUCCAUCUAUGUCCACAUUUGCUAAGCCCCUUUGUGCUUUAUCGUUGUACUUUUCAGCCAUGAGACUGGGAGUAGAAAGACUCUGCGCUGGAAACUCAGAGAAACUUUCUCUGAACGUCAGUCACUGAAACAGAACGAUUGUCAUUUGCAUAAAGUAACAAGACUGUUGCGUUUCCGAAAGCCACAAUUGAGAAACAAAAAUAAACUGAUUAAGCCCUUACAAGGACUAAUUCUGUGAAAAGACUAUAUUAUAUCAGUGAUAUUUUUCCAUAAUGGGGGAGAAAAAAAAUUAAUAAAAUGGGUUUGUUGA